UUUUUUUCUUUUUAUAGGCUCAAAGCAUUCGACUUAUUCAAACAGUCUUACGCGGACAUCUAUCGAUUUGGUUGCUUUUGAAUUAAAGUUUUUUGUAAUUUUAUUUCAAAACAAUAUAAAUACAAUAUUUAUUAGUUUAAAAUGAUUAAAAACAAUUAUUUUCUUCUAAGUUAUUGCAUUUUAACCCUCGUGGCAUCUGCACUUUGUGAAAAUGCUGAAAACAAAAUUAAACAAGAGCAAGUUUAUGAACAAGAUCUGACGGACACUUUUAAAAUUGAUGGGUCCUCCCAAGGCAUUCAAAAGGUAAAUCUUAAAUGUGGUGCCGAAUCAAUGCAGAUAAUGCUCGAGACUGAACAAGACUUCACUGGAGUAAUGUAUACUAGAGGAAGCUUCUACAAGCAAUCGGCGCCAUGUUUUGUUAAAUCUGAAAAGACUAGCAAUAUCCGUUCGCUAGAAAUGAAAUUUAACUUCGAUCAAUGUCAGACCCAACAAGAAGGCGAUGUCUAUACGAAUAUUGUGGUAAUUCAAAAUGAUCCUGAACUGAUUACACCUGGAGAUUCAGCCUUUUCGUUGGAAUGUGAUUUCCGUCAGCCAAGAAAUGUUAAUGUUGAAGGCAAUUUCGAAACAAGAGAAAGAACGGUAUCAGGUUCCCGCAUUACACUCACAAGUCCCGACCCAUCAUACACUUCAAAUUCCUUAGAUGAUAAGGACACAGUACACAAUGCUACAGACACAGUUACAUACAAACCGUCGGAAUCGGUUAACAUAAUUGGUAACAAGAAAGUCCAGGGUAGUGUGGAAGAGGUGGCAAUUGGUGAUGAGAUUAUAGGCUCAGUACUUAAAGAUGAAUUGUAAAAUCCAACACACAUUUCAAAGCAUGAAUAUUUUCUUAAAAUUCCCAACACCAAGUGACAAAGGUUGAUAGACUUGUGAUACAAAUUCAUCAAUGGAACAAAUAAUACGAGCUAAUUAUCAUCAGCAAUUUCAUUUGCAAUUUCGAUUACAAAACAACAAGUGUACCUUUAUGUACCUACUGUGAUAUGUUUUUUAAUAUGUUUUGGAACUUGAUGAAAAUUAAAUUAUUGAUUUGGAUGAAUAAAAUGUUUACAAAAACUGGAAAA